GCGAUGGAGGCGCCGGCCGAACUGCUGGCCGCGCUGCCCGCGCUGGCCACUGCGCUGGCCCUGCUGCUCGCCUGGCUGCUGGUGAGGCGCGGGGCGGCCGCGAGCCCGGACCCCCCGGAGCCCGCGCCCCCGGAGCCCGCGCCUCCGGCCGAGGCCAGCGUGAAGCCCGCGCCGCCCGGCCCCUGCGCCGCGGAGCCAGCGGCCGCGCCCGAGGGGCCGGGGGAGCCGGCGCCGCCCGACGAGCCCGAGGCGGCGCCGGCGGAGGCGGAGGAGCAGGCCGCCGAGGAGAGGCAGGAAGAGGAGCAGGAGCUGGAUGGUGAGGAGGGUCCACCGCAGGCAGGGCCUGAGGAAGAAGACGGGGGCGAGGCCUUCUCCUUCAAAUACAGCCCUGGGAAGCUGCGGGGAAACCAGUACAAGAAGAUGAUGACCAAGGAGGAGCUGGAGGAGGAACAGAGGAUUGAGCUGACUUCUGACCUCACUUCCCUGUAGCAAGUUCCUUAGGUCCUGAGCCACAAAUAUUCUUGCAAAUCCUUUUGAACCGAGGAAUAAUGAAGUUAUCCUUAGGCUCCUCCUAAAGGCUUUUCCUUUUGGCAUCUUAAAACUUGAGCGAUACAGUGGAAGCCCCAGAGAGGAGCAAGUGGGCUCCUGGGGUGCAUUUUCCUACAUAAAUCUGCCAGGAGUCGACCCCCCCUCCAGGACUUUUCUUGGCUGGGAGGGUCCACAGUGCCUGGGGUGAUCCCUUGCAGAAGCGUUCCUCCCUGUCUGCGUGGAUUGCUUUGUUUAGCUGAAGGAUUUUCCUGGACUUUUAUUUUCCUUGUCACUUAAUGUUCCUGUUGUCCACACACCCUUUACACCUGAGAUAUUACCAGUGUCACCAAUGCCAUCAUUUUAAAAUCAGUAUAGUUUCAUCCCAGCCCUUCUGCUUUUCAUCACCGAAGCCAAACCAAGAGAGACAUUGAGGUGUGAUAGACACAUGAUGGGGUGCUGCCUGGGCCCACUGGGUGCUCAGGGGGGUCGACUGCCCUGCUCCCCCUUAGGGCCCGCUUCCCCUCUGUCUUUAGCUGGCUGGAUUGGGGGGUGAGGGAGACGAUGGUUGAUGCAUGGGCAGCAAAGCACCAGAACCAGCUGUUGAUUUCCUCUGGCCCUUGCCCCCCACUUAGAGCAGGCUUGGAUCCAGCCCUCUUGUUGCCAAGAGCCCUUUUCACCAUGUUCUUACCAGCUCAGCUGCAUCUUCACCUUCACUUUAGCAGAAGCAAUAAUGGUAGUGUUCGCUUAAAAUAGACGUUUCAGUUCUGCCUUUUCCUCGGUUUCAUAGAUGAGUUAGAACUUCACCAGAUCAUCAGAUGGGGUCCGAGAUCCGUUUCUUGGAAUUUUAUAUUGGACGAUAUUUAUACUAUACCAAAAACUAAUCUGCAGUUUUUAGAUUUAUUGGUUAAAACAUUUUUUAAAGCACUAAGUUUAUAGGAAAAUUUCUUUUUUUAUCUAAUGCAAGGCUGGGAAAUGUUCAAUGUCAGUUUCCAGGGCAUGUUACAUUCCCAGGGACCUUCUCCUCCAGGUCUAGUACUUUAGGUUCAUGGGUUUAGGACAGAAUAGGGAACAAAGGAAGAGCCACACAGAACCACGUAACAAAUAGCAGAUGUGCUCCUGUGAGCGGCCCCUGCCCCACACAGCGGUAGUAAGAGAUGUCAUUGUCCAGGCCAGUGUCUGAUUAAAAAAAUAGGUGACUCUCUCCAGGUUAUGAAGUUUGUCUGGACACUUUCUGAAUGUGGCUUGCAGGCACCAAACCUCAUGUACUCCUUAUGGCUUGGAUUUCUGUAUUCAGCCUUUGGUCCAAUAAACUUUGAGUAGAUGGUCUUGA